AUGAAACCUCUCCCAUUUUGACCCACAAGCCUUUACUCUCAAUCAUCUCUCAAUCUUGACGCUCUCCAAGCCAUUUUUUUCUUUUCCACUAAUGCAUCUCUUCAUAAAAAAACUGAAAAUGCAUGAUUUACAAAAAUAAGAGAAAUUGAAGGAGAAAAACAGAGAGCUAUUAACAGAACCAGAGAUGAGCUUCUCCAAAGCAGAACCCUUCUAAAGGAGCUUAUUUCAGCAGAUGAGAGCUCACUUCGGGUAUUAGAACUUCUUGAAGCUGGGUUGCUUGAAGAGACCAGAAGUAAUCUCAAAAGAAGAAAGGCGUUCAUAGCUGAAAGGAUUCAGUCUUUCAAAAUGUGAGAUGAAGCUUAA